AGCGCGCCGCGCGUUCUCGCAAUCGCGAACGAGCCUGCAUUGUCCACGACAACAUCAUCUUCAUCUUUCCUCCCAGUGGCAAAACAUAAAGCAGGAUAACAAGGCCAGGGAAUAAGAUGUCAGGGAUGAACCAGGUGGUCGCGACAUGCUGGACUUGCCUCCUGCUCUCCGCCUUCCUUUUUGAACCUGCUCUGUCCAAAGGGGGCCGUGGAGGCUCCCGGGGCUCCUCUCGGGGCUCUCCCUCCCGCAGCUCCUCGGCGGGGACCUACCGGGGAGGAGGCGCCUACGGUGGGACGCGCUCUCGCUUCCGGGUGGCGGGGCGGACGUCCCCGGUGAGGGUGGCGGCCGCGGCAGCAGCGGGAGCGGCGGUGGCGCUAAGUGCGGAUAAAUGGUAUGCGUCUGCGUACCGCCGCAGCAACGCGGACGACUCAGAGGAAGAGCUGGAUUACUACAACAGGACCAAUUACUUUGAUGCGCUCAUGUCCGGCUCCACUCAGAACGGAUCUGUUCUCUCUCAAGUGGUUUCCAUCAUUAUUGCUUCAUUUUCCCCUAGAUUUGGACUCUUACUGGACAAUUUACUGUAGAUGUUCUGGCUGUUUUUUUCUUUUCUUCUUAGGGAUAAAUGUGUGAGAGGGUCAAAGCCUGAGUUUUCUGCUCAGGAUGUGACCAAUGACCAUAAUGGCAGGAAGCUGCUCUGGAAUGAUCAUGUGGAAGGAUUCAAUCACAAAAACAUCACAGUACUGUAAUGUUUUUACACCUAUAAGCAUCUGUACAAAUGGGUAAAAUUACCAGCACAGUAGUCGUCCUGACAUUUCACCUCUCAAAAAGUGCGCGUGUCAAACCUGUUUCAUCCAAAGUAAUAGAAACUGGGGCCAAAUUUGGAAUAAUUCUAACAGGGUCCUUCCCUAAAACUUGACUAUUAUAUGUAACUGAAGGACAUAUUUUAUCAAAAAUGUAUUGAUAGCUUCAUAGAUCAAACUGCUGCCUAUUAUCACUCUACUGCCAAGCUAUAUAGAAAAACUCUAUUUUCAUAUGCACAGAAAUGCAAAGUUGCCUCUACUGUAUCUCUGCAAGAUUACUUGGAUCUUAAUAUAAACCUGGACUUUAUGCAGUAAACUAAAGGUGCAGGCUACUAGUCAUUCCAUUAAGAUGAACAGAGUAAAAACAAGUUGGCACCAGCAGUAUUUUGUCCAUCAAAUUAAAGCUGCUGUUUGUUUUUGUGUUUUGCAAAUGGCAGUCUCAUCCAACAGGACAUUUUUUUACUCCAUUCUUUCUGUACACCUUCAUUUCAAGGCUGGAUUUUAAGAUCAUGUUCAGUUACUGGAAUGAUUUAUGAAUCUCUACAACGGGGCAAAUGAGAGUGCUGUGUAUUGGUGAAGCUAAGUGUCAUUUUCCACAAUCAUUUUUUAAUUUCUGUGCAAUCCAUACCCUUUUAUACCACCUCAAAUUUUAGUGAAUUAAUUUCUCAGACCUGUGUACGAACCAUGACAUGUUUAGGAGGGACAAAAGCAAACCACUGCUGCUCUCAUACUUAUUCAUGUCUCUGAAGGUUUUCAUGGUUUGUCCAUCAUCCCAGAAAACCUCUUUACCUACAGAAGACACUCAGGAGCAACAGACUGUUCCAUAUCCUAUAAGUGCACUCUAUUAUAUGCUAUUACACUUAUGUACAUAAUGAAUAGUUUGUUAUCACUGUCUUUAUGCUAAUAAAUAUCCUCUUUAUACCAUG